AUGGGUGUUUUUGACACGGUCAAAGCAGUAACGGACCAAUAUCCUUUCGAUAUCUCGCUGAAUGACAGUAUUCAGCAUCUACGUCACGCGCUGGCUUUGCACGAGAGCCAGUCCUUCAUGUGCCCCGAGUACAUCUGGCCUGAAGCCAGCCACGCCGGAAAUGAAUCGGGAAAGAGAAGCAUUGUACAGGCAUGGUUCGUGGGCGCGCAUCUUGACGUGGGAGGUUCCGCAGAUAAUGCUGGUCUCUCUUUAUAUCCGCUGCAGUGGAUGUUACUUGAAAGCCUUGCCAACGGCCUAGUGUUGGAGUUCACUGGAAACUUCCAAGGGCGAGCGUCUGUUGACAACCCUCUUGAGGUCGUCUUUCCCCCUACGUCUGACUCAGGUCGGAAUGGCGCGAUUCAUACCUACGCAACCAAGAACGAUAUCAACGUCAAGAUGCAGGAUUUGCGAAAGGUUCACCAUCUUGAACGAUAUGGGACUCGCUAUAGCAUCAAGGUCAACCGUAAAGGUAAAGGGCCUCUAUCAUCUUUCAUCACCAGUGCACGGCAGUCGUUCGAUUCGGAUGGCAAUUUGCACGGCCAGGGCUCGAUCAUUCACCCCUCCGUGUACUACCUGAUGGAUGAAUGGCCGUUAGUGUCUUUCAGCAGCAAAGAGAUUGAUCUCCAGUAUAAGCUGGAGGCAGUCCGUUUGGAUAUGCUGGGAGAGGACGGUGAGUGCUGGAAUCAGGGGUUCUGGAAUGAUGGUACAACAGCAGCGAUGGAAGACUUACCACCAUUGCGGAUCCUUGUCUGUGGCAACACUGGUGUGGGUAAGUCAACGCUCAUCAGCAGAGUAUUUGGUGCGGGCAACGAGGUCACGGGAGUCUCUCCGAGGGAAAGGGGGAAGCACAAUAUCAAAGAUCCCAUUACCUUUCCCUCGCGUCCGGAUCUGAUAGUGCACGACUCUUGUGGGUUCGAGGCUGGGAGCGACGAGGAGAUGAAUGUGGUUGAGGAUUUCUUGCAGGAGAACUCCUCCGCAACAGACCUUGCACAACGGAUACACACAGUUUGGUUCUGUCUAGAGGUCAGCGACUCGCGUCCGAAGCAGUCUUCCACACUGAAACUGUUCCAACUUGUGGCCAAGUAUGUAAAGGAGGUGCCGUUAGUGGUUGUCGCAACCAAAAAGGAUCAGCUUUUCGACAGGAAAUAUAGUCAGCGGAGGAUGACUUUAAGAAGGCAGGGUCUCCCCUUGAACGACGAGGAGAUAGAGGCGUAUGCACAAAAAGAGCUUGAAGAGCAUGUCAGAUUGAUCGAAACCGAGAUGCAAGAGGUACCCGAUGGGUUCUUGGACGCAUGUCUGGCCGUCGCGUACGAUAACGACGAGUCCAUCAACCUCCUGACCAAGGUGAUGGCGCAAUGUUGCAGCUCCGAAAGGAUCCGUCUGAUGUACGUCCGGUCCCAGACCAAGCGCAUUGAUCUCAAGAUUGAAUUAGCCAUCGACGAGGUCAUGGGCCAGUACAGGAAGAUCCUGAAGCGCGUCAUGGCUACCUCCUUCGUGGCCUUCGGACCAUCGCAGAGCCGAUCCGCCGUCGGGAUGGCUGUCUGUCGCAUGGUCAUCAACUGCUUCGGACUCACCAUGGUCGACUCCGAAAUAGCCUUCCGGAUCUUCCUCGACAACGUCUGGGAUGACCGGGGUCACAGUGGCACCGUCGCCUUUGCCGAUGCCAUCUCGACUCUUGGCUUGGUCAUGACAGUCGACCCCGCGGGUACCCCCGGUAUUUCUAAGCACGGAUUCUGUGAAUUGCGAGCUCGUUGUCCCGGCUACGACCCGCCUGUUGCUUAUGCUUGGCUGUGA